AUGCGUCUAUCCACUUUUAUCUUUGCAAUAUUUGGCACCAUCCCCAGCCAUGCAAUCCAUCACCCAUCCGGCCAUGAUACCCUCCGUUUUGGCUCCCCCGAGUCCGUAGGCCUUCUAUCAGCACCCCUCCGCCAACUGAAAACCAACAUCACUGGCUAUCAGCAACCAGCCAACUAUGGAGCAUUCACGCACAAUGAGAUACACCCAAUUGAGCCAUCGUCUGCAGUGAUCGUGGGCCAUGAUCGCACAAUUGUCUCCCUUUUCGCCAGUGGAAACAUGUUGCAGUAUGCCGACGCCAAUGGCACCGAAUUGCCCCCCUCACAGCAACUGCCCGCACGAACAGACACCAUCUAUGAUAUGGCCAGUCUGACCAAACUAUUUACCACCGUUGCAGCCCUGCGAGAGAUUGACACUGGCCGACUCUCACUGAACAGGACGGUGGCGUCGUACAUGCCAUCGUUUGCAGCAAAUGGGAAAGAGAAUAUUACCAUCCUGAUGCUUCUGACGCAUACUUCUGGCUUUGCUCCAGACCCAGAACCUCCGUUGAAUGACCCAGUGUAUAAAACGGUCGAACAAAGGACCGCCGCAAUACUGAAUCAGAGUCUGAGCAAUGCGCCCUGUUCCACGUAUCUCUACUCAGAUCUCAACUUCAUGUCUCUUGGUCUGCUUCUGGAACACGUCACCCACAAAAAACUGGAUAGAUUGAUCCGAGACUUCACCAAUCCCCUCGGCAUGCAUGACACCUUCUUUAACCGGGGGAACAUCGAAGGCCCAGCAUUCCCCUUCUACCCCCGCAUGGCAGCCGAGGAAUUCCAGAUCGAGGUCCUGGGACCAAUGGAGCCCCAGCGCCCACAACCGGUUCGUGGAACCGUCCACGACGAGAAUGCCUGGGCUCUGGAUGGCGUAUCCGGACAUGCAGGGCUGUUCUCAACGGUCGAGGAUACGGCUGUUUUCUGUCAGAUGAUUCUGAACAACGGUACGUAUGGAGGCCACCGUAUAUUGUCGCGCGAGGUCGUAGAUCUCAUCUUUCAUAACUUCAAUGCGAGAUUUCCCGGGCAUGAGCACGGAUUAGGAUUCGAGCUGAAUCAGUACUACACGGCGGGACCAAUGGCCAGUCUUCAGACUGCCAGCCAUACCGGCUUCACGGGAACGACUCUGGUGAUCGACAGGCCGUCAAACACAUUCUUCCUUCUGUUCGCCAACCGUGUCCACCCUAGUCGAAACUGGUCCUCGAAUAAUAUUGCUCGGGAAGCUCUGGGAUACUGGGUGGCCAAGUCCUUGGGAAGAGAUGUCUCCUUUCCGCCCCAUUGA